UAUGUGACAAUGUUUGUAAGAGAGAGAGAGGAACAAAGAUAGAGAGUAGAAUUAGUGCAGGCACACCCUGUGGUCUUCCUGUAAGAUAACCCACUAUGUCAGUCAAAGAAGUUUUAAAUGUACAAAUUGAUGUCUUCAUUCUUCAUGGUUAGGAUAAAGACGAGAAGGUUUCUCAAGAAUUGAAUUCUUCAUUGCUGCAAUCACUCACAACAUGCUCAAAAGUACAGAGGAAAAGGAGAGAAAUCACCGCACAGAGUGAGAGAGGAAGAGAAGGGUGGUACCCUGAACUACUGAGAUCACCACGGCCACCCUUGUGCAAGACACAGAGAAACGCAGAGAGGACAGGAAAGGAAGGGGUGUUUGCACAUCACCGUGGACCCAUCCCUCUGUUGAACCCGGACUAAAGAGAGAAGUAGAGCAGCAGAGUAAAUGUAAUAAUUGAUUGACAAGGAUACAAAAUAUUUGAACCAAGGACCCUGGAAAAGGAAAAGGGGCAGAUGCAGGAGUAUAUGCAUGCCUAAUGCCAUCAGGGAUUAUUGUACAUGCCUUGGUGAUAAAAUAUAAAAACGUAUUAUUAUUGUACUAAAAUGACCAAAAUGGUGGUUCCUGGACUUAUGGCCUUGCAGCUCUCCCUCUCCUUCCUUCUCCUUCUGGAAAAUGUGACUGGCAACGCAUCAUUUCUUUUUCAAUCAACCACUGAUAGCCUAGAUCAUCCUGAAGCUACUGAUAUUGCUGCAUCUGAUUUUAGACACGCCACUGAUAUUCCAGAUCAUCCUGAAACUACGGAUAUUACUGCAUUUGAUUUUAGACCGACCACUGAUAUUCCAGAUCAUCCUGAAACUACGGAUAUUACUGCAUUUGAUUUUAGACCUAACACUGAUAGCCUAGAUCAUCCUGAAACUACUGAUAUUGCUGCAUUUGAUUUUAGACCAACCACUGAUAGCCUAGAUCAUCCUGAAACUACGGAUAUUACUGCAUUUGAUUUUAGACCCAACACUGAUAGCCUAGAUCAUCCUGAAACUACUGAUAUUGCUGCAUUUGAUUUUAGACCGACCACUGUUAUUCCAGAUCAUCCUGAAACUACGGAUAUUACUGCAUUUGAUUUUAGACCGACCACUGAUAUUCCAGAUCAUGCUGAAACUACUGGUAUUGCUGCAUUUGAUUUUAGACCGACCACUGAUGUUCCAGAUCAUCCUGAAACUACGGAUAUUACUGCAUUUGAUUUUAGACCCAACACUGAUAGCCUAGAUCAUCCUGAAACUACUGAUAUUGCUGCAUUUGAUUUUAGACCGACCACUGUUAUUCCAGAUCAUCCUGAAACUACGGAUAUUACUGCAUUUGAUUUUAGACCGACCACUGAUAUUCCAGAUCAUGCUGAAACUACUGAUAUUGCUGCAUUUGAUUUGAGACCGACCACUGAUAUUCCAGAUCAUCCUGAAACUACGGAUAUUACUGCAUUUGAUUUUAGACCCAAUACUGAUAGCCUAGAUCAUCCUGAAACUACUGAUAUUGCUGCAUUUGAUUUUAGACCGACCACUGAUAUUCCAGAUCAUCCUGAAACUACUGAUAUUGCUGCAUUUGAUUUUAGACACGCCACUGAUAGCCUAGAUCAUCCUGAAGCUACUGAUAUUGCUGCAUUUGAUUUUAGACACACCACUGAUAUUCCAGAUCAUCCUGAAACUACUUAUAUUGCUGCAUCUGAUUCUGAAUCCAACACUGAUAAUGUAGUUGUUCCUAAAUCUACCGAUACCAGUGCAUUGUAUUUGAAAACCACCGCUGGUUCCACCAGUAACUCCAGUCAGGGGAGGCCCAAUGUACACAAUGUGGCUAAUGCUAAUGCUAAUUCUCGUACAGAGCGAGUAAUCCUCACCGUCACUCUAGUCGGGAUUGCCUGUUUCAUGGGGCUCGUUGCCCUACUUGUUUUGGGCAGGAAGUCCAAGAGGAAGAGCAGUGGGGAGGACGAUGCCUGGGCAGGGCCAGUGGCCCUGGUGGGGCAGCCGGAGGGGGGUGAGGCAGCGGCGAUGGUGCAGGGGGGCGAGAGAGAGCGGGAGGAGGGAGGGGUGUUUCUGGGCACGUUCAAGCUGUCGUGGAGGCCAGAGGAUGGAGUGGGAAGUCCGGGGACAAAGGAAGCCAAGAGGUGGGAAAUGGACUCACCUCUGCUGUACAUCGACGAGGAUAAAGAGGACCCAGAGGAAAAAAUCCCUCGUUCGCCCUCCCUCUCACCUCUUUUCCCUCGUUUGGACUCAUCAGGGGAUGCGGUGGAGGAGCCAGCUUUCAGCCGGACCACUGCUGUGUAGCACAACGCGGCCUGUAGCGUAGUGGUUAAGGUAAAUGACUGGGACACGCAAGGUCGGUGGUUCUAAUCCCGGUGUAGCCACAAUAAAAUCCGCACAGCCGUUGGGCCCUAGAGCAAGGCCCUUAAACCUGCAUUGCUCCAGGGGAGGAUUGUCUCCUGCUUAGUCUAAUGAACUGUACAUCGCUCUGGAUAAGAGCGUCUGCCAAAUGCCAAUAAUGUAAUGUAACAACGCCAUGGAAAAUGUCCCUGCACCCAUCUGUUAAUUGAUUUUUAUCAGCAAUAUGCAAUAUGCAAUAUAUGCAAUAGCAAUAGCUUGUGCCAAUUCUUUGAAUUCAUUUUGGGAAGGGUGGGUAGAGGUGAGGUUUGCAGGGAAGUGUUAGCUUACAAAGAGUUUAGUGUUCAUUCUUAAUGUACUUGUGUUUGUAAUAUAACAAUUGGCCUUUAUAUUUGGCAAAUAAAUGUAAAUAAUGUAUGUUAAUGUGUUUUGUUUUUGCAGUAGCAGACUGUUUCUGUUUAUGAAAAAUGUUGCAAUCAAUUUCUGUUAAGAUUUUUAUAGAAGUAUUUACUACUGUGGUUUUAGAGUUCCACAGUUCACAAAACAUUUUUUUGUGGUUAUUUUAUUGUUUCACGUGGGAAUAAACAUUGACAGUGACAAAUAAAUAGGCCAUGAGCCUCUUCUGUCACCAA